ACAGUCACGUGACGCAGUGUUUACAUCCUCAGCUGUUUUGGAGUUGGAGUUGAGGAAGAGCGGUGGUUGAGCUGGAGACAGACCGAGCAGGGCCCCGAGGUUCGCGGCCUCAUUGUCCUGGUCUAGCUCCCUGCACACGUGAGACAAGCAGUCGUGCUGUAGAAAUGCUCCCACGUUUAUCUCAAAUUCAGUUUUGGGAAUCGCUUGCAUUGGCUUUUGGAGGUAGAAGUGGAUCCAGUGUCUGCCUAAAUAGACUUGCUAUUUGCAGUACAUACUGACCUAACUCUGUGCUUCACAUCAAUUCUGAGAAUAAUCUUCAUUUACUUCAGCGUUUCUACACAUUGCAUUCUGUUGCAGCUCUGUGAUGUCCUAAGGCCUCCGUAUCUAGGCUUGUGAAGAGAUACGCUAUUGUCAUCGGCCGCUUAUGCAUUAUCCAGCGAACUCAAUGUUCUAACAUUUUGUGGAUCUGAUCUGAUUUCCCAACACUUGGAGUCAUGGGUGGAGCUGUGAGUGCUGGUGAAGACAAUGAUGAUUUAAUUGAUAAUUUAAAAGAGGCUCAAUACAUUCGUACUGAGAGAGUGGAACGUGCCUUCAGGGCCAUUGAUCGUGCAGAUUAUUAUUUGGAGGGAUAUAGGGACAAUGCUUACAAGGACCUCGCUUGGAAGCAUGGCAAUAUACACCUAUCAGCACCUUGUAUUUACUCUGAAGUUAUGGAAGCACUGAAACUUCAACCAGGAUUGUCUUUCCUGAACCUUGGCAGUGGCACUGGAUAUUUGAGUACAAUGGUGGGCUUAAUUUUAGGCCCUUUCGGGAUAAACCAUGGAAUUGAGAUUCAUGCUGAUGUAGUAGAUUAUGCCACAGAGAAGUUGGACAAUUUUAUAAAAAACAGUGACAGUUUUGACAAGUUUGAAUUUUGUGAACCAGUAUUUGUGGUUGGGAAUUGCCUAGAUAUCUUGUCAGACAGCCUGCAGUAUGACCGUGUGUAUUGUGGAGCUGGAGUCCAAAAGGAUCAUGAGAAUUACAUGAAAAUCUUCCUCAAAGUUGGUGGAAUUCUUGUUAUGCCUAUGGAAGAUCAGCUUACUCAGAUAAUACGCACGGGACAAAAUACCUGGGAAACCAAAAAUAUAUUGGCUGUUUCAUUUGCUCCUCUUAUCCAACCAAAUAGAUCAGAUUGCUUCAAGUCAGAGAAUGUAAAGCUUCCACCAGUGACUGUACGAUGCCUCCAGGACUUGGCAAGAAUUUACAUUCGCCGCAAUCUUAGAACCUUGAUAAACCAAGAGAUUCAAGCCAAAGGCAUUCCUCAGAAGGCUGCACCAAAACGGAAACGCAAGAAGCUUCGGAGGCGUAAAAUUGAUACCUAUGUAUUUGUAGGCAAUCAAUUGAUACCUCAACCAUUUGACAGUGAUGAGGAUGACAAAAUGGAAGAAAAUAAAGAAGAAGAAAAAGAAAUGAAUGAGGACCUCAAACAGGAAGAAGCUUCCCCAAAUUUACUUCGAGAAAGAAUUCUGAGCCUGCCACUACCAGAAUCUUUGAAAUCAUACCUUACCUUCUAUAGGCAAAAAUAGCACUGAACAAAAAUAAUCCUAAAGGUAUCUAUAUUCACUGAUGGCUCUUCAAAAUCUCAAAUGUAAUGUAGCAUUUUCUUGAAUAAUCUCUUCAAAAAUGAUAUGCUUGAAUAUAAAGAAAGCAGUUUCAAAUAGUAAAUGUAUGGUUAAAUUGGUUUAACUUGACUACUUUUAAUUAAAUCAUAUCAGUUCACGUUUGAAGAUGAAAGCAGAAUACUCCUUCAGAUAUACACAUUAAUCUUGAGAUUUCUGAUGGUAUAAUAACUUUUUGACUCAAAUGUUAUCACAUUUUCUAUGAGAAGAUGAAAAAGGUUAUUUUUAAAGUUGUGUAAAGGUUUUAAACAUUUAAGUGGCUUGUACCAUUUAAUAUAACUCAAUUAAUCAGAUUUGCUACAGCAAUUAGCAAUUUUUACUUUUAUUACCAAGUCCCUUCAUAAGUCAUGCAUGUGCAACCAAACAAUAAAUAACAGACAAAAGCAACAUAUUUGUUUAACAUCGAGAAAUGUUAACUUAAAGGAAUAUUUUUUAUGACAAUGCAAAAAAAAAUCCUCUCAGCAAUUUAUCAAAAGUGUGGAUUUAGCUAUGCCAAUGGUAAUUGUGCAGUUAAUUAAUGAUGUGUUUACUGCCCAUAAGUAAUAUCUGGCCGGCCUUUUUUAAUUGGGCUUUGAUACAAAUAAUUGUUCCAUAUUCUAAUUACAUGUAUGAGGAUCAAUAAUAUUAAAACUCAAAAUAAUGUACUAUCUCCUUAUACAGCAAUGCACUUUAGAAUUUAGGAUUUAAGUUUGCCAAGAUUUCUAACCAUUUUUGACAAAAACUUGCUCUGCGUUUUAUUAUUUUUGAGCUAUGUUCUUCAAGUGUUAGAAAAAUGAAAAUGCUGUUACCUUUUUCACUUUGAAAUUAUUUUGGGAUAGUAAAUACCCUUAAACAAUACUCUGGGACCUUUGGAAUUAUGUAGCAAACUUGCAAAAAAGUAAGGCAAUAUACCAUCGCCACUGAUUUGCUUACUGUAGUACUUUGCUCAUUUGCACCUCUCCUGAAUCCUUAGUUUGGGUACAGCUCAGGGAGAGGUCACUGAGGGAUAUUUUCUUGAUAACAUGUACAGUAGGUUGUACUUGUGUACCAAGACGAUUAAUCCAUGGUGGAUUGUGAACUUGGUGAUGAUACUUGGAGUGACAUUCAGGUAAAUAUUAGGCUUUUUGUACAGACAUUGAAUUUUUUUUCUGCACUGUUUGUCAUUUGAUCUAUUAUACAGUGGUUAAAAAAUAAUAGAUGUAUUUUCAUAGGUAAUGUAAUUUUCUGCAACUUUGAUCAAGAAAUGUAAAUUCAUGUUUAGAAGUGUUGCUUUUGGUGUCAAAUAUGGUUUGUUUCGUUUCAUAGAAUUACUAUUUGAAGAGUAGCAGUUCUAUGAAAUCUCAAUUUAAGUAAAUGUUUGCUUCUGUAUACAUUUA